AAGGAAAAGCCACAAAUAAACCCAAAAUCCUUAAAGCGCAGAAACAGAACCAAAAAGUAUUACACUCCAUUCCAGAGAUCCUCCUCAGAUUCUCUUGUUUGCUUUCUGUUCUGUUCGCUGUUAUCCUCCGCGAAUUUAAUUUUUGAAAGUUUGCAUCUUUUUAUUUUGUUUGGGGGGUUCAAGAUUUGUAGGGUUUUUAUUAUCAGCAAGAAAGAAUCAUGAGUAGUAUAGGUACCGGGUACGAUCUAUCGGUUACGACUUUUUCUCCGGACGGCCGUGUGUUUCAGAUCGAGUAUGCCGCCAAAGCUGUGGACAAUAGUGGCACCGUCGUCGGUAUCAAGUGCAAGGACGGCAUUGUUCUGGGAGUGGAGAAGCUAAUUGCCUCAAAGAUGAUGUUACCGGGCUCCAACCGGAGAAUUCAUUCUGUUCAUCGCCACUCCGGCAUGGCAGUUGCAGGAUUAGCUGCCGAUGGGAGGCAAAUUGUUGCGAGAGCCAAGGCUGAAGCAACUAACUAUGAAAGUCUUAAAGGUGAGCCUAUUCCAGUGAAAGAGCUAGCAGAACGUGUUGCAAGUUAUGUGCAUCUGUGUACACUUUAUUGGUGGCUCAGGCCUUUUGGAUGUGGGGUGAUACUUGGUGGUUAUGACAGAGAUGGGCCGGAACUAUAUAUGAUUGAACCUUCUGGCGUUUCACAUAGGUAUUUUGGCACUUCUAUUGGAAAAGGGAGGCAGGCUGCUAAGACAGAGAUCGAAAAACUGAAGCUGUCUGAAAUGACUUGUCGUCAAGGGGUGAUUGAGGUAGCAAAAAUGUAAGUGUCAUUGUAUAGCACUGCUUUACCUUAAAUUUGGGCUUGGAAUAUGGCUGCUACUCAUCUGUCACUCAGUGAGUGAAUGGCUAUAACAAGAUAGUCCACCUUGUUUUCUGCAUUUUUUAUUUGAUCAAUGCUUGUCCCAAAAAAUGUCCUUGGCCAUUUCUAGAUUUAACUUUAAUGCUCAUUCAAAACAGAAUUUACGGGGUACAUGACGAAGCUAAAGACAAGGCAUUUGAAUUGGAAAUGAGUUGGGUAUGUGAUGAAUCAAAUCGUCAGCAUCAGAAGGUAAUCUCCUGUGCCACAUUUUGAUUCCAACCUUGAUGUUUUCCUUUCUAAAAGGCAGGUUCUGUAAGUUGCUGAAACCGCUAUUGGCUAUAGUAGGACCUGAAAAGUACAUCCUUACGUAAAUACGGUUGUAUUUGGUGCGUAAGAAUAUGAAACUGGAAUCAGAUCCAUUAUUUUUCUCAAGUUACGCCGCUUGUCAUCUUUAUUAAUAUGGAGAGAGAGAGUGUGUGUGUAUUUGGGUGUGUCUAUAUACAUAUAUAUAUAUAAUAUAUAUAUAUAUAUAUAUAUAUAUAUAUUAAGGAUCUACUCUAAUAAAUUUUCUGACAAAACAACACCACCCGAACUAUUUUACAUUUUAUGUGAUGUGGUUUUGUUGGGUGUUUGAAAAGCUAUAAAGUAUUAAACAAAACAAAACAAAAAUUAUAACUAUAAGAAUCCACCAUUAAAACUCUUCUUUUAUGUAACACUUUUACAUGUGUAUACAAGUCAUUCCUGGGGAAGAAUAAACAGAUUGGGCUCGAUUUCGGAGGUUUUGGCACGAAUAAUCUGAAAAUUCCUUGUAUAUCGUGUUACAUCUGGACAUAAACAAUUUGCAUUUCGCCCCUGAAAAGAAUUAUCAGUGUAUCGGCUUGACCAAAUGGACCCCUUUGUUUUCGUUAGUGUUUUUUUUUGUUCCAGUUGUUGAUUGCUACCUUUUGCCACUUUGGUUUUGUCAUAUAAUAUAAAUUUAAAGGCUGGAUUGUUUUGUUGUUGUUGUUGUUGUUGCUGCUGCUGCUGCUUACUAUGUGCAGACAGAUCAACUGAAUAUGGUCAGUUUUAAUUGUUUUCAAAAUUGAUGCGCCUUUUGAUAUUUUUCUUCUUAUAGGUUCCUGAUGACCUACUGGAGGAAGCGAAAGCAGCAGCAAAGGCGGCACUGGAGGAAAUGGACGCUGAUUAAUCUGUUUUUAUUUAAUUUGUUUCAUAUUUAAGCUAUGUCAUGUAUCUUCUGGGCAUAUGGUGUUGCAAGUUUGUGUACUUUUAUGCAUGAACAGUAGGGUCAUCUUUCUUGCCGAAACCUUGCGAUCAGAAUGUUAUAUGGUAGUAGUAUUCAAUGAUAAAACUAUUGUCUUCAUGGUAGUUUAUUUUUCAGGAGUCUUAGUUUUUGGACUAAAAAGUCACAAUUGUCUUCAUGGUAGUUUAUUUUUCAGGAGUCUUGUUUUUGGACUAAAAAG